GGUGCCUUCAGUUCACUCUCAGAAAGGGUCUCGUUGCUGCAUGCGUGUGUGCUCCCUGCCCGGCUCUGGAUUGCGCCUCGCGAGCGGCACCGCUGCGGUUCGGGAGCUGGAUGGCGUGGGACAUGUGCAACCAGGACUCUGUAUGGAGUGACAUCGAGUGUGCUGCUCUGGUUGGUGAAGACCAGCCUCUCUGCCCAGACCUCCCAGAACUUGACCUCUCCGAAUUAGACGUGAACGACCUGGAUGCAGACAGCUUCUUGGGGGGGCUCAAGUGGUACAGCGACCAGUCUGAGGUCAUCUCCAGCCAGUACAGCAAUGAGCCUGCCAACAUCUUUGAGAAAAUAGAUGAAGAGAAUGAGGCAAACUUGCUAGCAGUUCUCACUGAGACACUGGACAGCAUCCCUGUGGAUGAGGAUGGGUUGCCUUCAUUUGAUGCACUGACAGAUGGAGAUGUGACCAAUGAACAUGACGCCAGCCCUGCCCCGAUGCCCGACGGCACCCCUCCGCCCCAGGAGGCAGAAGAGCCGUCUCUACUCAAGAAGCUCUUGCUGGCUCCAGCCAACACUCAGCUAAAUUACAAUGAAUGCAGUGGUCUCAGCACACAAAACCAUGCAAAUACAAAUCACAGGACCAGAACAAGCCCUGUGGUUAAGACUGAGAAUUCGUGGAGCAAUAAAGCGAAGAGUAUUUGUCAACAACAAAAGCCACAAAGACGCCCCUGCUCUGAACUUCUCAAAUAUCUGACUACGAAUGAUGACCCUCCUCAGAACAAACCAGCAGAGAACAGGAACAGCAGCAAAGAGAAAUGCACCUCCAAAAGGAAGCCCCAUCUGCAGUCUCAGACAAAUCACCUGCAAGCCAAACCAACAAGUUUAUCACUUCCGUUGACGCCUGAGUCUCCAAAUGAUCCCAAGGGUUCCCCAUUUGAGAACAAGACUAUUGAACAAACCUUAAGUGUGGAACUCUCUGGAACUGCAGGCCUAACUCCACCUACGACCCCUCCUCAUAAAGCCAACCAGGAUAAUCCUUUCAGGACUUCACCUAAGCCGAAGUCAUCAUGCAAGACUGUUGCACCACCUUCAAAAAAGCCCCGUUAUAGUGAGUCUUCCGGUUCUCAAGGAAACAACCCAGUCAAGAAGGGUCCAGAACAGACUGAGCUGUAUGCACAGCUUAGCAAGACUACAGUACUGUCCAGUGGACAUGAGGAGAGAAAGACAAAACGGCCCAGUUUGCGGCUGUUUGGUGACCAUGACUACUGUCAAUCUGUGAAUUCAAAGUCGGAAAUACACAUUAAAAUAUCCCAGGAACUUCAGGACUCCAGACAACUAGAAUUUAAGGAUUCUUCACCUGGGUGGCAGUGUCAGAUUUGUUCUUCUUUAGAACAAGACCAGUAUUUCAAGAAAGAGACUUUACAGACAAGUAAGCAGGGAUCCCAAGGUAAUAACAGAAAACAGCUCCAAGACCAAGAAAUUCGGGCUGAACUGAAUAAGCAUUUUGGUCACCCCAGCCAAGCUGUUUUUGAUGAAGAAGCAGAUAAGACCGGUGAACUAAGGGACAGUGAUUACAGUAAUGAACAAUUUUCCAAACUACCUAUGUUUAUAAAUUCAGGACUAGCAAUGGAUGGUCUCUUUGAUGACAGUGAAGAUGAAAGUGAUAAACUAUGCUACCCUUGGGAUGGGACACAAGCCUAUUCAUUAUUUGACGUAUCGCCUUCUUGCUCUUCUUUUAACUCUCCAUGCAGAGAUUCAGUAUCUCCACCCAAAUCCUUAUUUUCUCAAAGAUCCCAAAGGACACGCUCUAGAUCAAGGUCCUUUCCUCAACGCAGGUCUUGUUCCCGUUCUCCAUAUUCCCGAUCGAGAUCAAGGUCACCCUGUAGUAGAUCCUCUUCAAGAUCUUGCCACUGUUAUGAGUCCAGCCACUGUAGACACCAAGCACACCGAAGUUCUCCCUCACGUGCAAGGUCGCGAUCCAGAUCACCGUACAGUCGCAGACCCAGAUAUGACAGCUAUGAGGAAUAUCAGCAUGAAAGGCUGAAGAGGGAAGAAUACCGCAAAGAGUAUGAAAAACGGGAAUCUGAAAGGGCCAAACAAAGGGAGAGACAGAGGCAGAAAGCAAUUGAAGAGCGUCGCGUGAUUUACGUGGGUAAAAUCAGACCUGACACAACCCGAAAAGAACUGAGGGACCGGUUUGAAGUUUUUGGUGAAAUAGAGGAGUGCACAGUAAAUUUGCGGGAUGAUGGAGACAGCUAUGGUUUCAUCACCUACCGCUAUACUUGUGAUGCCUUUGCUGCUCUUGAAAAUGGAUACACUUUACGCAGGUCAAAUGAACCUGACUUUGAGCUGUACUUUUGUGGACGCAAGCAGUUUUGCAAGUCUAACUAUGCAGACCUAGAUUCAAACUCAGAUGAUUUUGAUCCUGCUUCCACUAAAAGCAAGUAUGACUCCAUGGAUUUUGAUAGUUUACUUAAAGAGGCACAGCGGAGCCUGCGCAGGUAACAUGUAUCACACCCAAGGAAAACGGAGGGAUGGCGAAUACCUCACGGACAUCACGUCCUUCAAUAAUGGACAAUUAAAAGUCAUACUUAGGAAUUUCUCCUACUUUACACUCUCUGUUCAAAACCAUGGUUUACAUGAACACAGCUGCUCGAGGAGGGAGGAGGCAGAAUGGCUUUCCAGCAAGCACACGCGUGUCCAUGGGUGUCAGCUUUGCUUUCGCGGGUGACCGGUGGCGGGGCAGCCUGCGGUCCUCUCGCGACCCAGGGCAAACCACAUGUCAUGGCAGCAGUUCCACAGAGAUACACUUACAACGUAGAACUUCAAAAUGUGUACAUAGUGCAUUUUAACAAAAAGAAAACAAAAGCAAAGCGAAAAAAGAACAAAUUUGCGAACUAUGGCUGCUGAUGUCUGGGAAUCAGACACUGCAUUUUUUUUUUAAAUGAAGCUUCUUCUCACAACACAGUGAUAAAUGACAAUCCAGAAGAAACCGCAGGACCCACAAGCCUGCAAUGUGUUUUAGUUUUAAGAUCUUUCUUUUUUUUCUUUUCUUUUCUUUUUUUUUUUUUCCUUGCAGAAGAGAAAAUGAAAGGCUAAAGCUUCCCUAACAUUUUGAAGUUUCGUCUUUUAAUUCUGACACCCAUGUAAAUGUCUACAACGUUGAUCUUCCACAGCAAAGUUUUCAAAGCCGUGUUAAUGGUCAAAUGUGCAGCUUGUUCAGCGAUUUAUUCUAAUGAGCGGACGUGGUGUUACAUUAUUAAUGAGAGUUGGAUAUAACUAUCUGGGUGUGAGCGCAGAUAGUUUAUUUGCUACGUUCUCUAAAGUAGUUGAGUAUUUACAGAUGUUAAAUGGAGUAUUUUUAUUUAUGUACAUACUGUAUGACAAUGUUCUUUUUUGUUACAGCUAUGCACUGUAAAUGCAGCCUUCUUUUCAAAAACUGCUGAAUUUUUCUUAAUCAAGAAUACUCAAAUGUAAUUAUAUGAGGUGAAACAAUUAUUGUACACUAACAUAUGUAGAAAGCUGAACUUAUGCUUAUAUAUAUUUGAUUGUAAAAAAAAAAAAAGAGAAAAGCGUGUGGGUGAGGACGUGUGAGUGUGCGUGUGUCUGACUGCAAAAACGCUUUACACACAUUCAUCCCUUCCUUGGUGAGCUUAUGUAAGAAUUUUGUCAACGAUGAUCCUAGCCCAAAAGGUGUUAACCACUUCUGCAGUAUUUUUCCACAUUUUUCUCAUUGCUUGGUUUUUUUUUGCAGUUUUAUACACUGAAUUUGUUAGGGGAAUGAAAUUUUCUCAUCUAAAUUUUUCUAGGAGAUACCAUAAUUUUAUGUAAGGUCUCUCAAA